GCCGCAACCUUGGACCAGAUUUCGUGCCGCCACCGGGUCAUCAGCCUGUGAUCCGAAUUAAGACCCCCAAUGACGACGGGGUGACAAGCUGGCAGGACGGAGUCAUGGGCUUGAUUGAGAUCCCGAACAAGGACGUUGAUGAUUAUAUCAUCCUUCGCGCAGAUGGCACGCCGACCUACCUGCUUGCCGUGGUCGUCAUUCGUGGUUCCGACCACAUUGGCAAUACUGCACGCCAAAUAGCGGUCUUCAAGAACAUGGGCUGGGAGCUGCCGGACUUCGCCCACCUGCCUUUGAUCCACGGCCCGGAUGGCAAGAAGCUGUCGAAGCGCCACGGUGCUACGGGGCUGGAGGAGUUCGAGGCUAAAGGCUACCUCCCAGAGGCCAUCAGGAACUACCUGGCGCGGCUGUCCUGGUCCCAUGGUGAUGAUGAGAUCUUCUCCACAGAGCAGGCGAUCCAAUGGUUUAAUCUCUCAGCCUGCUCGCGAGGAGCACCUUGUUUCGAUUUCGAGAAGUUGAACGGCUUGAACCAGCAUUACAUCAAGGAGGCAGACCACAAUCGAUUGGCCGAAAUCCUUUUGAAGCUGUUCCCAGAUGUCGCACCUUACAUGGAGAAGCUCCGGGAUUCGCGGGUGGCGAACAUGCUGAAGGUGCGUGCCAAGACCAUGGUGGAGUACAAGCAG